CCCGGACUUGAACUAUCAAAUUAUUUCGUUUUUGUUUUCUACAAAAUCAUUUCAAAUCCGCUGGAUAUAACUGAAGAAGAAGAAGAAGAAGAAGAAGAGACAAACUCUACAAACCCUUGAUUUCUCUCUCUCUGUCUCCUUUUCCCCCUCAUUUUCCUCUUCAAUCGAUACUAAUUUCAACUCAAUCGGUUCACAUUCGAAUCGAUUUGAUAGAUUUUUUGAUGGAUUAAAGUUGAUUUGAUGGGUGAUUAUGUGCUUGAUCGUCUGAUUUUGGAGGAAAAUUUGUCUGGGGAGAUCAAAUUUUGACUUCUAUGUGUCGAUCUGAGUUGCAUGUGGCGGAUUUACUAUGGUAACGAUGGCGGUUGUAGAUGGAAAUGAUGAACUAGGGAGGAAUGAGAGUUUGGGUGGGAAAGAUGGUGUGUCAUUGUUGUCUUCAAACGAGAUUGCUGACCCUGUUGUUUACAAACUUGUUCGGGUGGAUGGAGAUGGGAGAAUAAUUUCUGCUACGGAUGAUGAUGUUAUGGAGGUUGAUGACUUGCUUGAAGAGGAUAAGACUGAAUUGCUGCCUAUAGUUGCUGACACAAGACAGGCUAAAGAGUGUAUACUAAAUGAAGCCGGGCUUCUCCCUGUGAGGAAUAAUUUACUGGGAUCAGAAGGAAUUUCCAACAAUAUUGAAGUGAAAGUGCAAGAGUUAAAGGCCCCGCUUGAGGUGAGUCACUGAAGUCUGAACUUAUUGAAUGAAUUUGCAUUUUAAUCCCCAAAUUUGUGCAACUUUGUCUUAUGCCGCCUAGACGUGAAAGUGGUAAUUCUCUCCACUGGGCGCCACACAGUGGAAACAAACAUGAUAUGGGUCUGUGGAGCCAUUAUAGCUAAUUACCAGCUUAUAAGCUUGUAUCUAGUUUCAGGGUGCUAAUAGUUGAUACUAUCUCUAGAUCUUAUCUAAUUGCUUAAUUGCUUGCGGACAAUCAUUUUUGUUUCAGCGUUAACCAUUGAGGCGUUACCUUGGUAUUGGAAAGGUCAAAAACCUAUUGGAGGCCAGUGGUGACAUGAAAAACUAAAAGAAAUUCAGGAUCUUAGUGGAUAAACUUAUGCUUAGGGCCUUCAAUGGCACAUAUGAAUUUCUAAUAAUUGGUGUGGUUAAACUUUUCUUGUCUUGGUUCUGCAGCCUUUUUCUUUUCUUCAUUGGACAUUUUGAGAUAAUUAUCUCCUCAAGAAAAUCUGACCGUUUCAUCGUAAAAUGCCUGAUCUUAGCCGAUGUGCUUUAGGAGUUUUGCUCUUAUAGCGGUUGUAUUGGUGACCGAAUGUUGGGAUUUUCUUCAGCCUUUUUGUUUUUGCAAUUAUUUACUUCCUUAUUGCCAAUGCAUUUGCAAAUACCAUGAGUGUAGAAGCAUUUAUUUGAUCAGAUCAUCUGAACGGAUAAAAUCAAGCUCUUUAACCGGAUAGUUUUAAAUGCUCAGCUUAUCAGGUGGAUCUCUUGAUCAUUCAUCUUCUUACAUAAAAGUGUUUGCUGGUGUAUUGCCAGCUAGUGAUGAUCAAUCUCUAACUGAUCCUUCUCCACAGAAAACUGUUCCCCUAGUGUCACAUGGAGGGAAUGACAAGUGUACUACUCCAGUGGAGGUCGAGAUGUGUAUGAAGCCUGCAGGUUUUUUGAAAAUUUGUGGACCAUCUUCUUUGGCUUCUGCCACAUGCAGCAGCUCGAUGCUAAGAAUUUCCAACAAUGUUGAUGUGAAAGUGCAUAAGUUAAAGGCCACCUUGGUUGAGGCACAACAACAGCAGACAAAAUGGGUAUCAUAGAAAGGAUAAAAGAAAUCGAAGCCGAAAUGGCUAGGACUCAGAAAAAUAAAGCCACAGAGUACCAUCUUGGGCAACUGAAGGCAAAGAUCGCAAAGCUAAGAACACAACUAUUGGAGCCUCCAAAGGGUUCGGCUGGAGCUGGAGAGGGCUUUGAAGUGACAAAAUUUGGUCAUGGACGUGUUGCACUUAUAGGGUUUCCGAGUGUGGGAAAGUCAACACUUUUAACUAUGUUGACUGGAACAAAAUCAGAAGCUGCAUCAUAUGAAUUCACCAUGCUUACAUGUAUUCCUGGGAUUAUACAUUACAAUGGUACCAAAAUUCAGCUUCUCGAUCUUCCUGGAAUCAUUGAAGGUGCUUCUGAAGGAAAGGGUCGUGGUAGGCAGGUCAGUGCAGUUUCCAAGUCGUCGGAUAUUGUAUUGAUGGUUCUUGAUGCCUCAAAAAGCGAGGGUCAUCGUCAAAUAUUGACAAAGGAGUUGGAAGCCGUGGGUUUGCGUUUAAACAAGAAGCCACCUCAGAUAUACUUCAAAAGGAAAAAGAUGGGAGGUAUAUCUUUCAACACUACGAUGCAGUUGACUCAUAUUGAUGAGAAGCUUUGUUAUCAAAUUCUGCACGAGUAUAAGAUACACAACGCAGAGCUUUUGUUCCGUGAGGAUUCCACAGUGGAUGAUCUCAUAGAUGUCAUUGAAGGAAAUCGUAAAUACAUGAAAUGUAUUUAUGUGUAUAACAAGAUUGAUGUGGUUGGUAUUGAUGAUGUGGACCACCUAGCUCGGCAACCAAAUUCUGUCGUCAUUAGUUGUAAUUUGGAGCUGAAUUUAGAUAGACUACUUGCAAAGAUGUGGGAUGCAAUGGGGCUUGUAAGAGUGUAUACAAAGCCGCAAGGACAACAACCAGAUUUCAGUGACCCUGUUGUUCUUUCAGCUGAUAGAGGUGGUUGCACAGUAGAGGACUUCUGUAACCAUAUACACUGGAGUCUGGUGAAGGAUGUCAAAUAUGUGCUAGUCUGGGGUGUAAGUUCGAGACAUUAUCCGCAAACUUGUGGUCUUUCUCAUGUUCUUCAAGAUGAGGAUGUGGUUCAGAUUGUGAAGAAAAAGGAAACUGAUGAAGGAGGCCGAGGUCGGUUCAAGUCACAUUCUAAUGCUCCUGCCAGAAUAUCUGACAGACAAAAGAAAGCCCCCCUAAAACAAUAAACACGUAAAGGUUGCAUGAAGGAGGGAUAUUCUCAGUUCAUUAGGCAAGCCGAGGUUAAAAUGUACUCUGAGUUUUAUGAUAUAAGGUUAUUGGGCAAAAUGUGCUCUGAGUUUGUUGAACAAGUAGAGCCUGUAAUCGUGACUGUAAUGUUCUUUAUAUCACGAGGCAAUGGAAAAUAGAAGUAUGGAGUUCUCUUGAACAUGAUGGAAUUUGUAGCUUUACUGUUUUUCUUGAACUAUUAUUACACUCCGUUGAAUGAGGAUCUGAUUCUUUUGUUUUAAACCUUCAGA